CGUCAGAGUGUUCUAAGCCGGUUGGCCCGCUUGGGGUUAGUGUGUACAGUGACGCGCUGCUGUAAAUAACGAGUUUAUUUCUUGAAAUUUUUCGUGACACGCGAAGCGAAUUAUUUGUCAUUGUCAUCUGCAGCCGGCUGCGUAGUUAUAUUCGAAAGAAAACGGUGUGACAUAUAAAUUAUUUAACAGAAUAAAAUGCCGCUUCCAGCUGCCCUAGCCGCACGACUUGCGAAGAGAGGACUGAUUUCUGGAUCGGAGAAACAUGAAUUGUCGAAGAAAGAAGCUAAGAAAAGGGUUCACGAAGAGGUAAUUGCGGAAGACUACGACAGUGCAAAAGAUGAUAUCAGUCAAAUUGAUAUUUCUCAAAAAUUUAUGGGUUACAGCGGUUGCCCAAACAAAUAUAAUAUUUAUCACGACUGCACAAAAAAGUGCAAGGAGCUGUGGAGCCUCGGGCAUGUGCAACCCUCCGACAAGUAUUUGAAGAAACAGAUGAGGCUCGUGCAAAAGUAUCCUUUACCAGAGACUUGGAAAGCUGUCUACGAUCCUGGCUGCGGACAGCAUUACUACUGGGACUGGUCAUCGGAUUUAGUAGCUUGGUUACCACCGUGUCAUCCAAAAUGUCAAAUAUCGCAGCCAGCUUCUCAAUUGAGGGAGGAACUACAUCUGAAAGCAGCCGAACAGGACGAUAAUUUAUCUAGCGAUGAUAGCGGCAGUGAUCAAGAACAAGCAGAAGUAGACGAACCGGAGACUAAGAAGGAGAGGAAAAUAGAAAACAGAUUGAAAUACAAACCAGGGGAUAACAAAAGGAAUCAAAGAUUGGAAAGGACCGAUAGCAAGGAUAAAAAGGACCGUACUCUGGAUCCCAUGGAUCCAGCUUCUUACAGCGAUAUUCCACGGGGUAAGUGGUCAGACGGUUUGGCAAGGCACAACGAAGCUAAAACGGGAGCUGAUACAACAGCCUCGGGGCCACUUUAUCAGAUGCGACCGUAUCCUAGUCCAGGCGCAGUACUUAGAUCAAAUAGGGCCAGCAAACCGGAAUCAGAAUCGUCUAACAAGCCCAAAGUGUCGGGCCCCGAAAAACCAGAAUAAAAUAUCCAACUGUUACCUA